AUGGCUUCACCUCCAUGGGUUCGCCUUGUGCUGCUACUCCUAGCUGCCGUCCCCGCAUGCCAUGGCCGCCCACUUUUUGACGGCGAUGCCGUCAUCGAUGAGACGCAGCCCUUGCGGCCAUCCAUGAUCUCAUGCUCAACUGUCGGCAACUACACCGACGGAAGCAAGUACCAUGUGAACCUCGACCGGCUCCUGUCGGCCAUCCCCGUGGCCGCUGACUCCAAUGGCUUCUUCAAUGGCACAUUUGGCGCGGUGGGCGACGAGGUCUUUGGCAUGUUCAUGUGCUACGCUGACGACGCCGACUCUGAGUGCCAGGACUGCCUCACCCGUGCCCCUGAAGGUAUCAUGAAGGUGUGUCCUCACAGCAGGACGGUCCGUGCUGUCUACAGCGCCUGCACCAUCCAAUACUCCAACAAGUCCUUCUUCUCUGUUGCUGACCUUACCGUGGUUGACAUGGUCGACCUUUCGGUCGCGCCCCGGCUGGAACAAACCCCUCGCCGAACUUGGAACAAUAGAGACCCUGAAGGUUGGCACCAAGGAGUCAUACUUGUAGGGUACGUUGUGGACACUGCCGGUAUGAGCCAUGCAAGGUUUAAGUUGAUCCAUCGGCUCAUGGUGAAGGCUUGCCAAAGGGAUGAACGUAUCGCUGAGGGCAGACAGAAGUUCACCGAUCCGGAGUGGGUGCAGGCGGUGGUGCAGUGCACGAGGGAUCUGCCGGCGAGUGAGUGCACCCGCUGCCUCACCUAUUACACCGAUCAGCUGCCACGGUUGUUCCCAAACAACAGCGGUGGUGCCAUCAAAGGGUCAAGCUGCUACCUGCGCUACGCCAUCCUUGCUGACAAGCCACGCCCGCGCACUGUGCGGCUUGAGAGGUACCGGUAUAGGGAGGGAUAUGAGGAGGAAAAUGAGCAUGAGAGGAAGAUGGAGACAGCACGCAGAGAACACCGACGAAAGGUUGUCAUCAUCGCCCGACGAAAGGUUGUCAUCAUCGCCAGCCUUAUCACCAUCUUGGUGGCGCUUGUUAUCUGCCUGAUCGGCUUGUUGGUUCGGUUUGUGUUGUAUCCAUGGCGAACAUGGUUGGCAGCGGCCAUGGUUGCCAUGAGAUCCGUGUUGUACCGGUGGCGAACAUGGGUGGCAGCGGCCAGGGUUGCCAUGCGAUCGUACAUGGAAAGACCUCCUAAAGUGGCAGCCUACUUCCACGGCAGAAGUGCACGCCAAGAGGAACUCGAGCAAGGGACUGGGCCGAGACGAUUCAGGUAUGACGAGCUCACCGCCGCCACGGAUGGCUUCUCUGGCAGGAACAAGCUGGGAGAAGGAGGCUUCGGUUCCGUGUACAGAGGGUUCCUCCACGACAUGAACCUUCACAUUGCCGUGAAGAAAGUGUCCAAGAGCUCUCGUCAGGGCUGGAAGGAGUUUGUCUCUGAGGUGAAGAUCAUUAGCCGUCUCCGGCACCGGAACCUCGUGCCGCUCGUUGGAUGGUUCUAUGGCGGUGACGAUGAUGGUCUUUUGCUCGUGUAUGAACUGAUGCCCAAUGGUAGCCUGGACGCACACCUUUACAAGCUGGACCAGCUGCUGCCAUGGGCAGUCAGGUACCAGGUCGUGCUUGGUGUGGGCUCAGCACUGAUGUACCUGCACCAGGACACGGAGGAGCGCGUUGUGCAUAGGGACAUCAAGCCGAGUAACAUCAUGCUGGAUGCGUCCUUCAAUGCCAAGCUUGGUGACUUUGGGCUUGCGAGGUUUAUCUGUGAUGGCCGGGGCUCGUUGACGACCGGCGCAGCCGGGACGCUCGGCUACAUGGAUCCAAAGUGUGUGUUUGCAGGCAAAGCCAGUGUGGAAUCCGACAUCUACAGCUUCGGUGUCGUCCUGCUCGAGAUGGCCUGUGGUCGGACGCCAGCGGUGGCUGUAGACGGCGAUGACGGAGCCGUCAUCCACCUGUUGCAGUGGGUAUGGGAGUCGCACGGCAGAGGGGCCAUUCUUGAGGCAGCCGACCCGCGGCUGGACGGCAAGUUCGACAAGAAAGAGAUGGAGUGUAUCAUGGUGGUCGGGCUCUGGUGCGGACACCCCGACCCUGUCUUGAGGCCGUCCAUCAGGCAGGCCGUCAGCGUGCUGCGGUUGGAGGUGCCGCCGCCGAGUCUCCCGGGGAAGAUGCCGGUGGCAACCUACCUGAUGCGGCCGCCGGCUGAUGAUUCUUUUGGUUCCUCGGUGACCAGCGGCAGCGGGGAUGCCAGCACUACUAAUUCUGCUAGAGAUAAAGUCGAGUAG